CAAUGUUCGCCUCCAACAAGCCAAAAGAGAAGAAGAAGCGAAAGCGCAACGACGAUGAACUUCUUUGGCUUUGGCCAAACGGCCGACAUCAAAGUUGAGCUGACAGGCAGUGAGACAAGGGAGAAGGUGCCCGUCAAGCUUGAGAACGGCCAAACAGAGAAGCAGCCCCUCUACUUUGAUGGCGAAACCGUGUCUGGCAAGGUGCACAUCCACCUCAAGUACCCUGGAAAGAAGCUGGAGCACCAUGGCAUCAAGGUUGAGUUCCUCGGACAAAUCGAGCUCUUCUUUGACCGCGGGACACACCACGAGUUUUCGUCUGUGGUGAAAGAACUGGCGCCUCCGGGCGAGAUGCUGCGCAACCAGACAUUCAGCUUCGAGUUCAAGAAUGUGGAGAAGCCCUACGAGACGUACAUGGGCAUCAACGCAAAGCUGCGCUAUCUGGUACGCGUGACGAUUAUUCGCCGCAUGAGCAACAUUGUCAAAGAGAAGGACAUUGCUGUCCACUCCCUCGCUUCAUAUCCGGAAGUCAACAACCGCAUCAAGAUGGAGGUUGGCAUCGAGGACUGCCUUCACAUCGAGUUUGAGUACAACCGAUCAAAAUACCACUUGCGGGAUGCGAUUGUGGGCAAGAUCUACUUUCUGCUCGUGCGCAUCAAGAUCAAGUACAUGGAGCUCGCCAUCAUCCGCCGCGAAACAACAACAGCACCAGGCGGGCAAUCGCACUACACAGAGAACCAGACCAUCACCAAGUAUGAGAUCAUGGAUGGCGCCCCCGUCAAAGGGGAGAGCAUCCCGAUCCGCCUGUUCCUGUCCGGGUUUGACCUGACGCCGUCGAUGCCAAACGUCAACAAGAAGUUCUCCGUCAAGUACUACCUCAACCUCGUCCUCGUCGACGAAGAGGACCGCCGUUACUUCAAGCAGCAGGAGAUUGUUCUGUGGCGAAAGGCACAGACAUCCCGCUCCGCCCUCGCCGCAACGCAGCGCCACGAGUGACCACGCCAUGUGUGUGUGUGUGUCUGUGUCUGUGUCUGUGUCUGUGUGUGUUUGUGUGUGCGUUGAGGUUGACUGUUGGGUUGGAGUGUUCACGUCAGGCCGAGAGGAGAGCUAGUGCUUGUCUGGAGGAACGUGUGGGUCAGGCUGCUUGUUUGGUUUGGUUGGUGGGUUGGUGGGUUGUUUGUUUACACAUCAGUUAGCGUGCAAAGAGCGGAGACAGAGAAGAAGAUGAAUGAAGGCAUGAUGUGGUUGUGGUUGUAUGUGUGUGUGUGUGUGUGCUUUCCGUUUGUUAGACCUUUCAUGCAAAUGUUCACCAUGCAUGCUCGUGCAGUUGGCGUGCACGCUUGCUUGCCUGUUGUUUGCUUCGCUCCUUGCUUGAUUGAUUGGCUUUGCACUCACUGAAAGAGAGAGUUGAUAGC